GGAGGACGAGGUGUGGCCGCGGGACUCUUAAGGAGGCCUGACCCCGCGACUGUCGCGCGGAAUCCAGGAGAGGCAGCUGCGAGCCAUGGCGGUGUUGGCAGCGGUAGGACGGGCCCGGAUCCUGCAGGUUGCUUCCAAAGUAAACCCCACCUGGUAUCCAGUAUCCUUCUCAUCAUCCUCAGUGCCAACUGUAAAACUCUUCAUUGAUGGGAAAUUUGUUGAAUCCAAAAGUGACAAAUGGAUUGACAUUCACAACCCAGCUACCAAUGAGGUCAUUGGUCGGGUCCCUCAAUCCACCAAGGCUGAAAUGGACACAGCUGUUGCUGCCUGCAAGCGUUCUUUUCCCGCAUGGGCAGACACAUCAAUAUUAAGCCGUCAGCAGAUCUUCCUCCGCUAUCAACAACUUAUUAAAGAAAACUUGAAAGAAAUUGCCAGAUUAAUCACAUUGGAACAAGGGAAGACUCUAGCUGAUGCCGAAGGAGAUGUAUUUCGAGGCCUUCAGGUGGUUGAGCAUGCCUGCAGUGUGACAUCCCUCAUGCUGGGAGAGACUAUGCCAUCCAUCACCAAGGACAUGGACCUUUAUUCCUACCGCCUGCCUCUAGGAGUGUGUGCAGGCAUUGCUCCAUUUAAUUUUCCUGCCAUGAUUCCGCUGUGGAUGUUUCCCAUGGCCAUGGUUUGUGGUAAUACUUUCCUGAUGAAACCAUCAGAGCGAGUCCCUGGAGCAACCAUGCUUCUUGCUAAGUUGCUUCAAGACUCCGGUGCCCCUGAUGGAACACUGAACAUCAUCCAUGGACAGCAUGAAGCUGUCAAUUUUAUUUGUGAUCAUCCGGAUAUCAAAGCAAUCAGCUUUGUGGGAUCCAACCAGGCAGGAGAGUACAUUUUCGAAAGAGGGUCAAGACAUGGCAAGAGGGUUCAAGCUAAUAUGGGAGCCAAAAAUCAUGGGGUAAUUAUGCCAGAUGCCAAUAAGGAAAAUACCCUGAACCAGCUUGUUGGGGCAGCAUUUGGAGCUGCUGGUCAGCGCUGCAUGGCUCUUUCAACAGCAAUUCUUGUGGGAGAAGCUAAGAAGUGGCUGCCAGAGCUAGUGGAACGUGCCAAAAAACUAAGAGUCAAUGCAGGAGACCAGCCUGGAGCUGAUCUUGGGCCACUGAUCACUCCACAGGCCAAAGAACGAGUCUGCAAUCUAAUUGACAGUGGAACAAAGGAGGGAGCUUCUAUCCUUUUAGAUGGGCGAAAAAUUAAAGUCAAAGGCUAUGAGAAUGGUAAUUUUGUUGGACCAACCAUCAUCUCAAAUGUCAAGCCAAACAUGACAUGUUAUAAAGAAGAGAUUUUUGGUCCAGUUCUUGUGGUCCUGGAGACAGAAACGCUGGAUGAGGCCAUCAAGAUCGUAAAUGACAACCCAUAUGGAAAUGGAACUGCCAUCUUCACCACCAAUGGAGCCACUGCUCGGAAAUAUUCCCACCUGGUGGAUGUUGGACAGGUGGGAGUGAAUGUUCCCAUUCCAGUGCCUUUGCCAAUGUUCUCAUUCACGGGAUCUCGAUCUUCCUUCAGAGGAGACACCAAUUUCUAUGGCAAACAGGGCAUCCAGUUCUAUACUCAGCUAAAGACCAUCACUUCUCAGUGGAAAGAAGAGGAUGCUACUCUUUCCUCACCUGCUGUAGUCAUGCCUACCAUGGGCCAUUAGAAACAAGCCUCUUCAAGACUCACUUGAUCCUGAGUAAUCACCCUCAUUCUUAACCAACUUCAUUUGCCAUCUUUGC